GCGCCGCGCCUGCGCACUAAGAGGGUGGAUAACCAUGCGUGCUCUCCCGGCUAGGCGGUAAAAUGUAGAGGGCAGCGGGGUGAACUGAUGCUGAAGCUGCAAGGGACGCUGCGGUGGGGCAAAGGGAGCCUCCGUGUUGGGGUGAGAUGUUACUCAACCAGGGUGAAAGAAGAAAGCCGGAAACUAUGGUUACAUGAGCAGGUGGAGCUGUUGGAAGUAUUGGAAGCUAGAGUGAAGCAACUCCGGGCUGAUAAUGAAUCGGACAUCCUGAAGCCCAAGAUCCAAGUAUGCCAGAUCAAGAAAUUCAAUUACUUUCCAGGUGCCCACCUGCAGAAGACUGCCGUACCCCAGACACCUCAGGGCAAGCCCGUCGUCCCAACGGAUGAAGCCGCCCACCUCCUCAAAGUGAAAACUUGGAAGGCCAAAGUGAAGAUGGAAAAACAAGCCAGUAAAAUGAAGCGUUGGGACUUGAAUACCAGAACCUUAGAAUCUAUCCUGUCUUCUAAAACACUGGUGGAAAAAGCUGUUAAGUGCUCCCCGAAAUCUGCCACGCAACCUACAGCGGAUGGCUCCGAAGCGCAAUCGGACUGCAAAAUGUCCUUGAUGGGGAUCCCCGUCUGGGACAAAAAUCAGCCUCCCGAUUCUUCUGCCCUCCGGGCCUCGGUUGAACCUAUGCCGAUGCUUAAUGGGAGAUUGCUUCCAGAAAUGAAAAUCUUCCAGGAUGAUAUUCGGAUGACCAUUUUAGCCUACAUGGACACUUCCCUGUUCAAGGGCCAGAAGAGGAAAGCCUUGCAGUGUUUGUUAUAUUUCCACCAUACCCCGGGGCUGAAGAAGUUUCUGACUACACAGAUGUUCAGUCUCCUCAUGUGUCAUUACGCCAAGCAGGGUGCGCUUAAGAAAAUUGGCUGGCUGUUUUCCAUGCUGGAGGAAAAUAACCUCAAGCCGAAUCAGGAUUGUUAUAUGGCUGUGCUAAAUUGCAUGGGUCGAAUCAACACCAAACCCCAUAUCAUUUCAAGAUGCAUCGAGCAGCUGGAAAGUGAGGGUUUCUCCUUGCAAAGCUUCUUCAAGGAUUCCACCUACGAAGACAACGAAGUCAUGAUGAUCCUGAGGGCCAUCCAGACGGUCAAGCCAGACUUCCAGCCAGAAUUCUUUUCCCCUCCGACCUCCACCAUCCCGCUACUGGAAAUAUUCUACAAGAAGAAAAAGUCCGUUUCUUACACCAAGCUCAAUUUCACAGCAGAAGAGCUGCAGCAACGGUUCCGAAAACAAUACAGCUCGGAGGCGUCCGACAAGGUCACGGUUGAGUCAGUGGAAGCCACUAAGCCUAUCACAGCUACAACUAUCAAAGCGAGGGAAAUUUUGAGCAAGAUUCGUUCUGAGUGGGAAGCAACUUUGCUUCACAACCUGUCGAAGCUCAAGAAGCAAGAGAACAUCUGGCAUACGUCCAAACUAGAUGUCUAUCCGUUUCUCUGUGUGCUGACCGAAAAGGAAUAUGUAGAGCUUAUGAUGCAGACGGUUUUCAGCCUGCCAGCCCUUGGGGAAUGCGUCAGCAUCUUAGCGAAGGAUCUGGGUACCAGAAUCUACAAUAAAUACACCAUUCUUAGAAAAAGCUGCACCAUUUCAGAGGACAGUUUUGAGAAGACCUAUGAUAGCUACGUCAAACUUUUGGCCAGGGAUACUCAGGUGAAUAAUUUUUUGCCACGGGAAUAUUGGGAGAAGCUGAGAGCAGAGGUGGGUUAUAGCCCUUCUUUGAUAUCCAAGCAAGCCGUCUGGCCCCCAAGCCUGUUGAUUCAGUUGGGCUUUCAGCUGAUAGAACUGAUGGUCCAAACUCUCAAGCUGGACAACAGCCUACUGCCUUCGCUCCCCGAGAAGUCCGUCAUUCCUGUUCUGUAUCACGUCUAUUCUUUCCGCGGAACCAAGCAGAUAGGUUUCAUUAAACCUCACUCUAUCCUGAUCCGGAUUCUUCAGGAGGCUUCGGAGACGACCCUGACCUUUGACUCCUUCAUCCUCCCCAUGCAGUGUCCCCCCGUGCCCUGGGUCUCUUCCCACUUCGGGGCCUACACUCUUUCUCCCGUCAAGCUGAUGCGAUGCCAGGACGGGGUAGUCCAGCACGAGCUGCUUUUGGACGAGUGCCCUCACGACCAUCUCUGCUUGGUCCUGGAUGCGCUGAACUUUCUGGGCAACUGCCCUUGGAAAGUCAACCAACCCGUAUUGGAUGUGAUCAUCUCCAUCUUCAACGAUAAAGGCGAUGAGAAGUUGGACAUCCCGCCGCCACCAUCGUGGGAGGCCAAAGAGCUCGCCAAGCAGCUGGCCGAGAGUGCGCCAAUGUCCCGAAUGGCUCUCAAAUGGAAGAUGGCCCAGUGCCGUAAGAAGACCAGGGAGACCUACAGCCUGCGGAUGGACAUGCUCUAUAAGUUGUCCAUUGCCAAGCACAUGAAAGACGAGGUCUUCUGGUUCCCCCACAACCUGGAUUUCCGCGGGAGGACAUACCCGUGUCCCCCUCACUUCAACCACCUGGGGGGCGACUUCACUCGGGGGAUCCUCCUCUUUGCGGAGGGGAAGCCCCUUGGACCACGCGGCCUGGAUUGGCUGAAGAUCCAUCUGGUCAACCUGACUGGGCUGAAGAAGAAGAACUCUCUGAAGGAGAGGUUGACCUACGCCAAUCACAUCAUGCCGGACAUCUUGGAUUCGGCAGACAACCCGCUAAUGGGCAAGAGGUGGUGGAUGGACACCGACGAACCGUGGCAAGUUUUGGCGUGUUCCAUGGAGAUUGCGAAUGCUGUGCGGUCUCCCAAACCUUCAGAAUACAUCUCCCAUUUUCCUGUUCAUCAGGAUGGUUCAUGCAAUGGGCUUCAGCAUUACGCCGCACUCGGGCGCGACGUGCUUGGCGCCUACUCCGUCAAUCUCGCCCCGUCUGGACGUCCUCAGGAUGUCUACACUUCAGUGUCUCAGGAGGUGGAGAAAUCUCGGCAGAAAGACGCAGAAAAGGGACUCAGAAUUGCUCAGGUCCUGGAUGGCUACGUUACUCGGAAGGUGGUGAAGCAAACCGUAAUGACGGUUGUCUACGGAGUCACCCAGUACGGGGGGCGCCUCCAGAUAGAAAAACAGCUCAAGGAGAUCGAAGACUUCCCGAAGGAGGAUGUUUGGCAAGCUUCCAAGUAUCUCGUCCGGCUAGUCUUUGAAUGCCUUUCCGAAAUGUUUUCCGGGUCUCGGGAAAUUCAGAACUGGCUGACCGAAAGUGCCUGGCUGAUUUCCAAGUCCGGCCAGACGGUGGAGUGGGUGACGCCGCUGGGUCUGCCCAUCAUUCAGCCUUACCAUAACAAGAAAUCCAUAUUGGUAAAAGGUGACUUGCAGAGCCUCCAUUUAAAAUCGAACUACAACGUGGGCCAGAAGCCAAAUACAAGAAAGCAGAAAAAUGCCUUCCCGCCCAACUUCAUCCAUUCUCUGGAUUCCAGCCACAUGAUGUUGACGGCUCUGCAUUGUCAAAAGGCCGGGCUAACCUUCGUCUCUGUGCAUGACUGUUUCUGGACACAUGCAGCCACGGUGGACAUAAUGAAUAAGAUAUGCCGCGAACAAUUUGUCACACUACACAGCCAACCUAUCUUGGAAGACCUUUCGAAAUUCAUGUUGCAGAAAUACUGUUCCAACCCCACGAUACCUGAAAGCGAAAUAAAGAAAAAGAAAGCUGCCCAGGCCUGGAUCCAGGACCUGAAAGAUUUACUGCCUAAAAUCCCCAAGAAAGGUGACUUCAAAUUAGAGAAGGUGAAGAAAUCAAUCUACUUUUUCAACUGAUUCUACAAGAUCAUCAUCUUUCUCCCGAUCUUCUGCAUUCGGACUUAGACCCAGCCGGGGUAUCCGAUGGACAGACAUAAGGAGCUGUUGCUUCCCGUUUCUCUCCAGUCUCCCUGAACGGGACUGAAAACCUACUUGGUUCCUUAAAUUUGGUCCCUCUCUCGGUGCUUCUGGAGGGAGUCACACUGGCAAGGAAUUCCUUCCCCAUGGAGGAGGUGGAAUUACAUCACCCCCAAAACCUGUGGUUUU